AUGGCCAUCUCGACAUGGCCGUUCUUGCUGCUCAUUCCCGCGUUCAUUGUGAUCCACCUGUUCGUUUCGCCGUACACCAAAGUCGAGGAGUCGUUCAACAUCCAGGCCACGCACGAUAUCUUGAUACACGGCAUACCAGGAAGCAAUGCCGAUCAAUUCCUCACCGCCAACUAUGAUCACAUCUCGUUUCCAGGCAGCGUGCCCAGGACAUUUGCUGGCGCGUUGAUAUUGAGCGGAUUGUCGCGCCCGCUUGUUGGCUUGUUAAACAAUGCAGCACAUGUGCAACUUCUAGUCAGAGGAGUGCUCGGCUUGUGCAAUGCUUUCUCGCUUGUUGCGUUCGGUAGGAGUGUCCAGAAAGCCUUUGGAACGACUGCCGGCAUCUGGUAUGCUUUGUUCCAGGCAAGCCAGUUCCAUGUCAUCUACUAUGCGUCUAGAACACUUCCGAAUAUGUUUGCUUUCGUCUUUAGCAACUUCGCGCUUCGAGCUUUGUUGAACGCACACACUGUUUCAUACAGCAGGGAGGAUGUCAACCGAAGACUCCGACUCUGUCUGUAUCUGUUCACUAUCGCUGGUAUAGUCUUCCGUUCCGAGCUGGCAAUCUUGGUCGGUACCAUCACGCUCUACCUCCUCGUCACCCAGCGUGUCUCCAUGAUAAAGGUCAUCAUCCCCGCUGGAGUAGGAGGACUCAUGAUCGGACUGCUAUGCACAGUCCCCAUCGACUCCUUCCUCUGGCAGUCUUUCCCACUCUGGCCGGAGUGGAUAGCCUUCUACUACAACACCAUCCAAGGCCACUCCGCUGACUGGGGCGUCUCACCAUGGCACUUCUACUUCUUCAAUGCCCUGCCCCGUCUUCUCCUCAACCCAGCAACAUACCUGCUCUGCAUCCCCGUCGCUGUCCUGAACGCCGCCACUCGCAGUCGAAGUUUGUCCCUCCUCAUUCCCCUCCUCUCCUUCGUCGCGCUCUACAGCUUCCUCCCGCACAAAGAAUGGCGCUUCAUCAUCUACGUGAUCCCCGGUCUAACCGGAGUCGCCUCAGCCGGCGCAUCGUGGCUGUGGACCCGACGCUCGAAAUCCGCCAUCUACGCGCUGCUCUCGCUCAGCCUAUUGCUCUCAGUCCUCGCCUCUUUCGCCGCGUCGACCACCCUGCUCGCGCUCUCCAGCCUCAACUAUCCCGGCGGUGCGGCCCUCGACGCGCUGCAUAGCAUUCCCACGCACCAAAACCACGUGCAUGUCUACGCCGAUAACCUUGCGUGCCAGACGGGCGUCACGCGGUUUCUGGAGCAGCACAGCGCACCGCAGACGAUUCUUGAUGUGCUCGAAGCAGAUGAAGCUCUGCAGGCGAGGGUAUGGACGUAUGACAAGACUGAGGACCCGACGAUGCUGCUGGAUCCAUUGUUCUGGACUAAGUUUGACUAUGUGCUUGCUGAGAGGCCAGAGAAGAUCAUAGGAAGCUGGGACGUGGUGCAUGUUGUGUACGGCUUCGGUGGUGUGAGGGUGCUGAAACCGGGACAGGAGAGUGGUGUCGUUCUUGAAGAGGUUGGUGGUGCCGAAAGUAUGCAAGCUGGAGGACAUUGGACAGAUAGGGUUGCUGGGGCGUGGAAGGCGCUUGAGGGAGUGCUGAGGGAGAAGUUGCUGAGAGGGCAUUGGGUGGAAGUCAAAAUGGAGCCGAGAAUCAGGAUCCUGCACAACCUGAUGAAGUAG